CCUACUAGCCAAACUUGAGCAGUCGGCUCGCUGGCGAACGGACCCGCGUCCCGCACUCGCGCCCCUGCUCUUUUCGGCCCGAUUUGCGGCCGACGUCGACUUUGCCAGCCCAUCCAACGCCACCUGCGACCUUUUUCACCUUCGCCCCUGCCGGUGCUUCGCAGACUGUGAAAAAUGACGAGCAUUCGCCAAACAACUACCACAACUUACACCACUAGUUCAGCGGCACAUCCCUCUCUUUUGGACAAUGGGUCACCAAUGGACGGAUCACUGGAUUUGCUGCUGGAAGAUCUGCAGAGCAGCGUGUCGCGACCCGGCUCUUCACUGGGCAACUCUUUGACCAACGGCCACGUGACCACGACCACAACCACAAAGCGCCAGCACUACGGGCACAGCCAGCAGCAGCCGCCGCAACAGCAACACGCCGGCGGGAUCCAGUAUUUGCAGCCGAUGAACUCGACCACUGUGGUCAGCGAGAGAGCCUCCAGCCCGCACACGCUCUCCUCCUACAAGACCUACCAGUAUCAGUAUCACUCCUCAUCUGGAUCGGCCCCCCAAGAUGGCGGUCACCAGCACUCGUCUCAACAGUAUCAGUAUCAGCAGCGCAGUCCGUCUCCCCAGCGAGAAGUGCCGGACACCCGACUUCGGCAAAACCUGAACGAACUGGACAGUCUCCUGGUUGACCUGCAUCACGCACAGCAGUCAACCCCUCUGGAGCCCAACGAGCUCACCUCGGCCCAGCAUGUGAGUCGCGUCGUCCGGACCUUCCAGCAGCAACAGCAGGUGGACAACCACACAUAUGGCACUCCAAACACCAUUCGCAGGGAGCUCCAGUACCCACCGUCGCCCAAACUUGAAAGGUCGUCCUCCCUGAGUCGAAGGGCACCUGCACCUGGUGGAAGUGUAUUGAGGGCGCCGUCACCAACCAGACAGGUGACCACAACAGUGAAAACGUACACGUACGAGAUUCCCGCUGACCACAGUGCCCACGUCAAACCCGUCGUGUCCACUCCCAUUGUUAACACAUACUCGUACGAGAUUCCGAUUGACCAGCCCAAGCCAGACGACACAGUGAUCACCUACAAGUACGCUGGCCUGCCGAAGCCUCGCGCCCUCGAAGCGCCGAAAGAACCUCCCUUGUUGGUCGACCGCCCUCCCAACUCGUACAGCCUCCACUACACAUCCACCAUGCAGGGUGAGCCGCCUCAUAGACCCUUCCCGUCGCCAGCCAUGACCCCACCACCCUCGGCAGAACCGCCGAAGAGACUCGAGGAACUCCUCGCAUCAUUUUCAGACACGGUGGACACCAGUGACAUGCACAAUGAGAAUCCUGUGCCAGCAGCCCCUCUCAAAGAGUACAUGACCAACGAAUUGCCCCUCGCCCCUCCUUCGCCAAUCAGGCAGCGAAAAAUUGAGCCUGAGAAGCCACCUGUGGUGCAGCUCUCGAAAAAUAUUUCUGGCCCUCCGGUUUACUACCCACCAGGCGUGGAAAUGUUUGCCAAGAAAGACGAGCCCAUCCAUGCCAAAAUGAAGGAAGGCGCUUCUUCAAAAGACGACGGCAAAUCUUCAGGUGGUGGCGUCGCCGCCGUCCCCGUCUGUCUGCCCGUCUGCUGUGCCAUGCCUUGCGUCAUUAUGUAACUUAAGAACAUUCUAAGCUCUUUUAUACCGCAAACAGAAGUACGGGAUAAUUCAGAUGAGUGAUGGUGCCAUGAGUAUAUUAUUUCAAAUUAAGUUAAAAAGUCUUCAUUUCACAAUCUUCGUAUAUAA